CCUCCCCCUGGGGAAUGAAGCACAUGGCGCGAACAGGCUGACGGGAAGGCGCAGAGAGCGGGCAGAGCGGGCGGAAGUGGUUUCGGUACCGGAGGGAAUGGGCGCGCCUGGCGGGUGUAUGUGGGGGGCCCCAGUGGCCCCGGGAGCUGUGUGGCUCCUCCUCCUCUCAUUCCUGACUCUCUCAGCCGCUUCCAAACUCAAUAUCCCCAAAGUGCUUCUCCCCUACACCCGGCGGCACCGCAAUUUCAACUACACCUGGGGGGUCACAGAGGGCUGUUACACCUGGUCGUCGACCCGUCCGGAAGUUGCCAGCAUAGAGCCGCUGGGGGUGGAUGAGCGCCAGUGCUCCCAGAGGGCAGUGGUACAGGCCCGGGCCACUCACCCCACGCGUCUCACCAGUAUCAUAUUUGCUGAGGACGUAUUUACCGGGCAGGUGCUUCGUUGUGAUGCCAUCGUGGAUUUAAUUCAUGAUAUUCAGAUUGUGUCGACCACACGGGAACUGUACCUGGAGGACUCCCCCCUGGAGCUGAAGAUCCAAGCCAUGGACUCCGAGGGGAACACAUUCAGCACUUUAGCCGGAUUGGCUUUUGAAUGGACGGUGGUCAAAGACGCCGAUGUGGACGGAUUCUCCGAUUCCCACAAUACACUGCGAAUGCUGAAGUUUCUGGAAUCCACCUAUGUGCCGCCGGCCUACAUUACAGAGAUGGAGAAAGUGGCCAAACAGGGAGAUACCAUUCUGGUGUCCGGCCUGAAGACGGGAAGUUCCAAGCUUAGAGCUAAAAUGCUGGAGCCGGUGUAUGAGAAAGUGACCCCGGCUCAGGUGCGGCUGCUCAUUCUAGAGAACAUUCUCCUCAAUCCGGCGUCGGAUAUUUACCUGCUGGUCGGAUCCUCCAUACAGUACCGAGUGCAGAAGAUCAAACAGGGAAAGAUCACUGAUCUGACAAUGCCCUCUGAUCAGUACGCGUUCCAGCUUCAGAAUCACGUGGUUGCACCCGGGGGGCUCAGCCAUGAACCCAUUGCUCGGCUGGAGGAAAGAACAUCUACUGUCACUGCCCUACAGAUGGGCCACACCAACAUCGUGCUGCUCCAUAAAAAUCUCCGUAUGCAGGGGGCUUCCCGGCUGCCCAACGGUACCGUCUAUGUGGUGGAACCAGGAUAUUUAGGAUUCACUGUGCACCCCGGGGACAGGUGGGUGCUGGAGACUGGGAGACUCUAUGAACUAACCAUCGAUGUGUACGACAAAUCCAGCAACAAAGUCUAUUUAUCUGAUAACAUACGGAUCGAAGCCAAGAUUCCCAAAGAGUACUUUGAGGUUCUGGAGACGUCCCUGAAUGGGUCGUAUCACCGCGUCAAAGCCUUAAAGAGUGGCCAAACCAUUAUAGAUGCCGCCUUAACAUGCAUGGUGGACCAGGACGGUGGGGUUCACAUUCUUCCAAAUCCCAUCAGGAACCAACAGGAAGUGGAAAUUUACACUCCAAUUACCCUUUCCCCAAAAAUUCUUACGUUCCCAUGGCAACCGAAACCCGGCGCCUAUCAGUACACCAUUCAGGUUCAAGGGGGAAGUGGUAACUUUACUUGGUCAUCGUCCAACAACCCGGUGGCUACAGUGACCGUGAAAGGGUUAAUGACCACUGGCGAUGAUAUUGGCGUGAGCGUGAUCCGCGCCCGGGAUGUGCAGAACCGCCUGCAUUUCGGGGAGAUGAAGGUGUAUGUGAUUGAGCCCCACGGCAUGGAGUUCAUCCCGUCGGCGGUGGAGGCGCGAGUGGGAAACCGGCUGGAGCUGCCCCUGCGGAUAUUCGGCCUUAUGAACGCCGACGACAAUGAAGUUGUUACCCUGAGCGACUGCUCCAACUUUGAUUUGGCUGUAGAAAUGGAAACUCUGAAUAUAUUUAAGCUCCUUCCAGGAAGGCUCCCCCCCGGCAAGGACUACUGCAGCGGAAUCACGGUACAAGCAGAAUCUCCAGGCUACACCACUGUAUAUGUCAGCUACACUCACGGUCAUGUUCAUCUCAAAUCCAAAAUCAUUGUAGCUGCUUAUCUGCCACUGAGGACCGUUGACCCCUCUUCCCUCGCGCUGGUCACGCUGGGAUCCUCUAAAGACAUGCUGUUUGAGGGGGGGCCCAAGCCGUGGGUGCUGGAGCCGGCCAAGUUCUUCAGGAAUGUGACUUCAGACAAGGCAGAAAGCAGCAGCCUGGCGCUGGUGGAACCGAGCCUUUCCCGCGGUCACUUUCAGCACUGGGUCCGAGCCACGUGUCGAGACCUUGGGGAGCAGGUGAUCUCAUUAACUGUGGGGAACAAACCCACCGAGACCAAUCCCUUUCCUGCUGUGGAGCCGAUAUCUGUGCGGCUGAUCUGCGCUCCCCCCUCCAGAUUUGCUUUGAUCCCUGUGUAUAAACACUCCCAUAUGGAUCUCGUCUGCCCCCUCAUGCAGCAGAACAAGCAAGUGAUCCCAGUUUCCAACUAUCGCAACCAGUUGCUGGAGCUGGCAGCCUUUGACCACCAGGGGCGCAAGUUUGAUAAUUUCAGCUCCCUCGCCGUUACCUGGGAUUCUUCCCGAUCGGCUCUGGCGAGUUUCGAUUUGGCGCAACCCAUGGAGCUGGUUCAGAAGGAGGACGGGAGCGGCCAGAGGAAAGUGCAUGGGUUCAACACGGUUUAUGUUCACCAAGUAUCGGGGACAACGGUAAUUGCUGCAAAGACAGAGCGGUACCAAGAGGCCCAUCUGCAGGCUGCGCGAGUGAGAGCGCCGUAUGAAGCGUUUGCGCCCGUCUCUGCCAGUCUGGACCUGCUGUUGGUGGAGGAUGUGAAAGUAAAUCCCAGAGCCAUUUCAGUCUAUAAUCACCCGGAUGUUACAGCGGAAUUCACCAUCUCAGAAGGGUCGGGCUAUUUCUUCAUUAACAGGAGCGCGGCACAUAUCGCCCGGACGGCGUUUGAGGAGUCGAGUGGGGUCGUAUCGGUGUCACCCCUGCACCCUGGGGCCCUGACUGUGAUGGUUUAUGAUCUGUGCCUGGCCUUCCCUGCGCCGGCGACUGUCAGUGUGCGCGUGUCCGAUAUUUAUCAAGUGGAUGUCCGAGUCGUGGAUAAGGUAGAAAUUGGAAAACUGGUAAAAGCCUAUGUCAGGGUUCUGGAUUCUUCCAAAAAUCCAUUUCUUGCUAAAUACCUGGAAUAUAUGGACCUGGAACUGGGCUCAUCAUCUCAGAUUGUGUCCAUAAAGGCCCUGCGGGAGAAGGUGGAUGACUACACGGCUGUAUUUGCAGUACAUGGCAUCGCCAUCGGGCAGACAAGUCUCGUCGCUACGGCCACUGACAGAGCUGGCAGCAGGAUUGACUCCUCGCCACGAGCCCUUGAGGUUUUUCCUCCUUUCCGCCUGCUGCCCAGAAAGAUCACACUGAUUAUUGGUGCAACGAUGCAGAUCACUUCCGAGGGGGGGCCGCAGCCUCAGUCCAACAUCUUGUUUUCUAUCACGGAUGAGAAGAUCGCGUCUGUCGGCAGCAAUGGCUUUGUCAAAGGAGCGAUGGUCGGAAACGGGACGGUCACCGGGGUGGUUCAGGCUGUCGAUGCCGAAUCUGGCAAAGUUGUCAUCGUGUCUGAGGAUACAGUGGAAGUGGAAGUUGUCCAGCUGAGGGCUGUGCGGAUCCAUGCGCCAAUAACGAGGAUGAAAGUGGGGACGCAGAUGCCGGUGUAUGUGAUGGGAAUAACGAGCAGCCAGACGCCAUUCUCAUUUGCUAAUGCCGUGCCGGGCCUAACCUUCCAUUGGACUGUGACGAAAAGGGAUUUCAUUGAUGCCCGAAGCCGACACAGUGAGGCGCUGGUGGAGCUGCCCGCACAGUAUAACUUUGCUAUGAGCGUCUGGGCCAAAAUGAAAGGCAAAACUGGGCUGAAAGUGACUGUAAAAGCAACUGACCCUGCGGCAAAGCAGCUGUACAACAUGGUGCCGGAACUGUCCGACGAGAUCCAGAUACAGGUGUACGAGAGGCUGCACUUAGUCACCCCCAGUAUUGCGACUGAGCAAAUCCUAAUGUCUCCCAAUUCCUUCCUGAGGCUUCACACCAACAGGGAUCGCUUUGCCAGUGUAAGUUACCGGAUACUGAGUGGGUCCCAGGAGGCCCCCGUGGUGCAUGUGGAUGAUAAGGGGCUCCUUACGGCUGGAUCCCAGACCGGGGUGUCUACCAUGGAGAUCAAUUCCCGGGAGCAUUUUGGAAUCAAUCAAACCAUUAUUGUUUCUGUGAAGGUGUCCCCCGUAUCCUAUUUGCACAUCGUCACAAGCCCCACCCUCCGGAGCGGAACUGGUACCCUGCUGCCUGCUAUACCCCUGGGCAUGACGCUAACGUUUACUGUCCAAUUACACGACAGCACCGGCGAUCUCUUCCAUUCCCACAAUGCACUUCUCAGCUUUGCAACCAACAGGGACGACUUUGUCCACGUGACUAAGGGAGCCAAUAAUAACACAUUCAUAGUGCGCACCGAGAACGUGGGACUCACGAUAUUCAGCGUGUGGGACCCCGAGACCCCUGGGAUUGCAGACUACGUGCCUCUCCCUGUUCAGUACAGCAUUGCCCCCAGUCUGAGCGAGGACGCCAUUGUUGGAGACAUCAUCUGCUUUACUUGCCCUAUUGCAGGCCCAGAGGGACUGAAGGGAAUUUGGAGCUCUUCAUCUAACUCCAUUCUCCAGAUUGAUCCCAAGUUUGGAGUCACUCUUGCCAGGGGCGUCGGUCUCGUCACUGUCUAUUAUGAGAUCCCAGGACUGCUAAAGACCUACAGAGAGGUUGCUGUGCGUAUGCCCCAGAGAAUGAGGGCGCUCUAUGCCAAUGGGGAGAAAAUCAGUCUGCAUGCCGCAAAUCUACAUAAGUUUGAUGUAGAAAUAGAUGGGAAAAGCCACAGUUUGACGGGGCAGUGUUCGGCCGCUCAGAUCGAAGCAAUCAAGGAGCUUCACCCGGAGAGUGUAAUUAAUUGCCACUUACAAUUAAACGACCGCAAAGCGGAAGUUGCACCGUGGGAUAUAUUUGCGGCGACCCCCAGUUUCAACGUGGAGGCGGGCCAAUACAUGUGCUUGCUGGCCCGGCAGGAGCUUUCCGAGGCUCAGCUGAAGCACCUCAGUAUGGGGGACACCUCUCUCACCGUCACUGCCUCGGUGCAAGGGAACCAACUCUAUGAAGAGCAGCUGGGGGCCCAAGUGCCCAUUUACCCCGGUAUUUAUAUCGACCAGAAGGAAAUCAUUCUGAGCAGCCAUUACACAUCAUCCGACCUGAAAAUAUACGGCGCCGCCGACAUGCUGAGCAGCCUGGAUGUGAAAGUGGGAUCUCCUGCAGUCACCCUGUACCUGAGGGACCGCUCCUAUGGCACCCCGAGCUUUGUCACCUAUGAAGUCAGUGUCACCGAUGGGAGAGUUUUGAGCCAAGGGUCCCUGUCGACAGCCCUCACUGUGUCCUGCCCCCUCUCUCAUCAGACCGUCACCGUUCCGCUCAAUCUGGUCUCCAUUAAAGGAGCACCAAGUGUGUCGUCCACCGAGAGCCCCGGGUUCUUCCAGCACUUCAUUGAGUCCUAUCAGAUGAUCUUCUUCACUCUCUUUGCACUAUUGGCCGGGGCGGCAAUAACCAUAAUCGUUAUGUCACCCAGAGAGACCAACGCUCCCCCCGCCGUCUUCCUAAAGACCUCUCCCAAGUCUGUCAAUAACAGCUUCCUUCCUCUCUCGCCUGGAAUUUAUUCAAACCACGCCUCUCCGAACAGGAGGAACCAAUCGCCGGGGAGGAUGUUAUGGAGUCCCGACUAUGCUUCCAACUAGAAAGCAGUCGCCGAAGGUCUCAUUCACGGGCCCCUGGCGCCUUUUACCGAGUGUCUUGCUGAGAUUUUGUGUGUGUGUGGCGUGACUAUUUCCCGCGUGGGGGGCGUGACUGUUUCCGCGUGGGCGGCACUUUUAUUUUAUUUUGCUUUGAUUGGAAGAAGAGAGAAUGCUUGCUUUUCCCGGUCUCUGCCCCAGUAGGUACGUUGUGUGUUCUGGCUGCAAGUUUGGGUUCUGUUUGUGCCGGAACCACACAAAUAAUCCCUGGGUGUUUUAUGGAGCCUGUAUGUUCCUCAGGGGAGGGGCUUUAUCAGUUGGCAGCUCAGCCAUUUUUUUUUUCUUAAGGGGCAUUUUGUGAAGCCAAUAGAAUCCUCUGAGUUUGCUUUUUUUAUAUGAGAAUGUGUCGGGAGGUUGCUGUUCCGCCAGUCAGUGCAAUGGCCGUCUACCCCCCCCCCCCCUCCUUGUAACAUUUAGGCUCCAUAUGACUCCCAUGCCGACUGUUAGCCUCGGGGCUCGGCCACGCCCACACGGAACCACACAAAUUGUCCCUGGGUUUUUCAUGCAGCCUAUAUGUUCCUCAGGGGAGGGGCUUUAUCAGUUGGCAGCUCAGCCAUUUUUUUUCUUAAGGGGGCAUUUUGUGAAGCCAAUAGAAUCCUCUUUUUGUAUGAGAAUGUGUCGGGAGGUUGCUAUUCCGCCAGUCAGUGCAAUGGCCGCCUACCCCUCCCCCUGUAACAGGCUCCAUAUUACUCCCAUGCCGACUGUCAGCCUUGGGGCUUGGCCACGCCCACCCGUGACUGUGAGUAGAACCCAUGUAGCCGCCCAAGCUUGUUUCACUGUGAUUCUGGCACCUCCUCGUGUGAUUGUUUAUGAUUUAUGUGGCAUUUAAUUGCAAGCUCUUAGGGACAAGAGACUGUACAUUUCCUCAUGACUUCAGUUCAACUCAGGAAAGUUCUGCACUGCUUGCAGCCGCCUUAUAUUGUGACCCCCCCCAACCAACCGCCUCAAGUGGGGGGGGGGGAGCCGAGACUGUCGGGGCGUGUGCUUCCGUGUAAUGCUCUGGGCCCGGGGGCGGGACUGGCGCUCUCUGUGCUCUUAUUGGCCUUAAGGGGGAGGUUAACUUUUUUAGUCUGUUAUAGAAUGUCCUAUUCCUAGCAACUUUGCAGUUGGUCUUCAUUGUUUUUUUAUAGUUUUUACAUUAUUUGUCGUCUUCUUUUGCAGCUUUCAAAUGGGGGUCACUGACCCCGGCAGCCAAACCCUAUUGCUCUGUGAGGCUCCAGUUUUAUUGUUAUUGUUACUUUUUAUUCCUUAUCUUUCUAUUCAGCCCCUCCCCUAUUCAUAUACCAGCCUCUCAUCCAAACCACUCUCUGGUUGCUAAGGUAACUUGGACCCUAGCAACCCAAUAACUGCUGAACCUCCAAAGUGGAAAUUAUAUAAGUAAAAAAAAAUACAAGUAAUAGAAAAUGUAGACCAAUUGCAAACUGUCUCAGAAUAUCACUCUCUACAUGAUACUAAAAGUUAACUCAAAGGUGACCAACCCGUUUAACGGGUUAAUCAGUAAGGGGGGGGUGAUCCUGGGGGGGGGGUUAUUGGCUCAGGAAACCAUGGUCGCUACUGAAUUGAUUGCAUUGCUUUGCGCAGUUUAUAGGUUUAUGUUUUGCUGUGAGUUUAUUUGCCAGUUGUGCAGUUUCAUUAUCCAAUAGAAACCACUGAUUUAUUCCCCCCCCCCAUUCAUUUCCAGGAACAGCAGGUACCACAUUCCCAUAAGGUUCUAUGUAGGCGAGUGCUGCCAUACUGGCACACAUUCCAGGCAGCUGGCACCGCCAGAACCAGUGAUAAUCCCUCCCUAUGCCCCGCCUCUGUGCGUAGGGAAAGGCCGCCCCUCGUUAGGGAAACGGGGCACAUUUUUGCCAGUGGAGAAAAGGCUCCGAGAACCCGUUCCCAAGGGCCUGGGCAGCACUUGCGCGAGCGACUUGGGCUUUUUCACCACUGCCGGGUUCUGAUUGGGUUCAGAUUAGUGCCAGGUACGUGCCUACAGGGAGGUGAAGGAUUUCCCUUUAAUCAGUGUGAAGUAAACCCUUCCCAUAGUGCACCUGGGCGCCGCCAUAGGGGAGGCUUCUGGUUCCGUUUCUGUUUUUACUUUAUCAUUUAUUUGCGCGGCUGGGAAUGAGCCCCUGGGGCUGGGGGGCCGGGGGGUUCCUAGUGAGUGGGGCAGAUACGUGCAAUGGUGAAUGUGAGUUGCACUACGGGCCAAGCCCGACUCACUAUGGAUCAGCGCCGGCGCCCGCAGCCCCGUGAAGCCUUCAGCUGCAAUAAUGUGAAUGUGUCCGACCAGACAAUGUGACAUUGCGCUGUAUCUUCCUCUAAAUACCUCAAACUCUGCUGUUCUGGUUCUGUUGGACCCCACGGAUGAGCCCGGUCCAAUCUCUGGGAUUAUUAACCCUCGCUGUGAUUUCCUUUGUGCCUUACUGCCGGCCGAGCAUUUCUGUGUCGCUCUGAUUGUACAUAAUAAAUAAUGUUCUGAUAAGA